AGCUCAUGCUUUUCGCACAGCUUGGUGUGCGACUGAGUCGGACACGACUACAUGCCAAAUUCAUUCAACUGCGUUGUUACACUUCAACAUGUGCCCCAGCCGCAGCACUGGACACUCGUCCCGCAAUUAAACUCCGGCCGUAUCAAGAAGAGUCUAUACAAGCAGUAUUGUCACAUAUAGACCGAGGUCAUAGGAGAUUGGGUCUUUCGUUGGCGACUGGUAGUGGCAAGACCGUAGUCUUCACUCAGCUAAUCGAGCGGGUUCCUUCGCCAAAUGCUAGAGCCACACAGACGCUGGUCUUAGCUCAUCGACGCGAAUUGGUCGAGCAAGCAUACCGCCACAGUGCUCUCCUCUAUCCUGACAAAUGGAUCGAGAUCGAGUUGGGCAAGAGCCAUGCAAGCGGAAUGGCCGACAUCACGGUGGCAUCGCUCCAGAGCAUUACGUCGAAGGAUAGGCUGAAAAAAUUCGAUCCGUCCAGGUUUAAGUUGGUAUUGGUGGAUGAGGCUCAUCAUAUUGUGGCGCCAAAGUACCUUGAAAUACUAGAGUACUUUGGCCUGCGACGUGGGUCCUCAGAUUCACCCGUUUUGGUGGGUGUGUCGGCCACCAUGUCACGCUUCGACGGCUUGAAAUUGGGUGCUGCUAUAGACCACAUCGUCUACCAUAAAGAUUACAUUGACAUGAUCAAGGAGAACUGGCUGUCAAACGUCUUGUUCACCACCGUCGCUAUCAGGGCUGACUUGACAAAAGUCAAAAGCGGAGUUGGUGGUGAUUUUCAGACUGCCUCACUGUCGAAGGCGGUCAGCACGCCUGAGAACAAUGAAGCGACAUAUUUAGCCUGGCUUGAGCGAGCUGCUGGCCGACAGUCGACCCUGAUCUUCUGCGUUGAUGUCCGGCAUAUUCAUGACCUGACUGCCACAUUUCGCCGGCACGGAGUUGAAGCGAAAUUCGUGACCGGAGAAACACCGGCGAAGACUAGGAGUGAUAUCCUAGAAGGCUUCAAGAACCGCGAGUAUCCAGUUCUGCUCAACUGUGGAGUGUUCACUGAAGGCACCGAUAUUCCCAAUGUAGACUGUGUCGUCCUCGCUCGACCGACCAAGUCUCGGAACCUGCUCGUUCAGAUGAUUGGCAGAGGAACGAGACUGUUCGAGGGAAAGGAGAACUGUCAUGUCAUCGACAUGGUCUCUUCGUUAAAGACAGGUAUCGUGACAACCCCGACAUUGUUCGGGCUUGACCCGGACGAGAUUGUCAAAGAAGCUUCAAUUGCGGACAUGAAAGAGCGCAAAGAUCGCCUAGAAAAGGAGGCAAGCGCUCUAGCAGACCACGCAAACAACUCUCCGAACCAACUUGUGCCAAUGAGUCUCGAUGGCACGAUGACUUUCACAGAUUAUGACUCCGUGGAAGAUUUGAUCGAAGACACAUCUGGAGAGCAGCAUAUUCGCACCAUCAGCCCUUAUGCCUGGGUCCAGGUUGAUGACCGCCGCUAUAUUCUAACCGCACGAAAUGGCAGCUAUAUCACCAUAGCGACCGACGACGAUCCUAACUCAAAAGGCGGGGAAACCAUGUAUUUGAUCGAAUACACCGCCAAGUUACCUGUGCAUGUCGUCAAGAAGUCGCCUUUUGCUCGUCCUCGCGUGAUAGCGUCUGCGAAAUCUUUUACAGAUGCAGUACAUGCAGCUGACAGCUUUGCGACAGAAACCUUCGAGUACGUUUUCAUUGCAAAGAAUCAGUCGUGGCGAAGAAAAGAGGCGUCAGAAGCACAGUUGAGCUUUCUAAACAAGUUUAGGGAUGAAGGGAAUCAGCUUCAACCUGGUGAUGUAACGAAAGGGCAAGCAAUGGACAUGAUUACGAAGAUCAAGUUUGGUGCUAAAGGGCGGUACAAGAGGAUGGUCGCUGGAAAGCAAAAGAUAAUCAGGGAACAGGAAACAUUGCGCAGACAGUUGGACAGGAUCCGCUUGAGAGAGCACGUCAAGGUCGGGCCAGUGAAUGACGAGCCUGAAUGAUGGUAACAGACAACUUUAAACACAACCCAUGAGACGAAACCGAAGCGAGUCUUGUCCGGGAAUGUAAUCCUCCCAUCGCAUACACUCUAUUGUACUGCGAUGAUUCUUUAAAGCCUUUAUCUGACGAGCUCACAUGCACUCUGUUGUAAACAUUCAUGGCAGCUAACUUUUGACGAUUGCGACUCGCCUGACAAGAUUUACCCUGACGUUUGGUUCCAAUCAGGCACCGAUUGCUACUCUGGCCUUUAUUCGCUCUUGCUGCUGAAAUUAAGGGAAACGCAUCUAUGGAACUUAAAAGUGGUCCUCUGUCUUGACAGGUUGCUGGCUUGCUGUCCCAGUCCAACGCA